AUGGCUCAGAAGGAUAUGCGGAGAGCAGAUUUGGUGGUACCCUAUGAGGCUCCGCCAGUCAAGAAGACUGACGGUGAUAUGUCCGGUACCAUCGCAAGCACCAUGCCAAUGGCCGCCGCAUGUUUAACCCAGUCUGCCAUUUUCUGCACGAAACAUUGUGUGAAUGGGGAGUCCACCCUUAUUGAAGCAACAAACUGA